AUGUCGCCGUCAGAACGUCAGCUAUAUGCGAUCUCGAUCACAGAACGGGUAUGCUCGGCGGUGUCUCUAGCAGCAACCAGUAUCAUCAUUGUCUCCUUCAUCUGUUCUAGUUCCUUUCGCAAGCCCAUCAACCGCCUAGUAUUCUACGCCUCUUGGGGCAACAUCAUGACUAAUUUGGCCACCGUUAUAUCUCAAUCGGGCAUUCAUGCAGGCCUAAAUAGCCCUCUUUGCCAGCUCCAGGCAUUUUUGAUCCAAUGGUUUAUGCCUGCCGAUGCGCUAUGGACUCUUGCCAUGGCCUGCAACGUCUACUUGACCUUUUUCCAUAAGUAUGACUCGGACCAGCUCCGACGUUUGGAGUGGAAAUAUCUUGCGUUCUGCUAUGGAUUGCCAUUUAUCCCAGCCUUUGCAUAUUUCUUCAUUCAAACCGAGGCGCGCGGGAGGGUAUACGGAAGCGCCCUAAUCUGGUGUUGGGUUGCGCCAUCUUGGGACUUCCUACGGGUUGCCGUGUUCUACGGCCCGGUCUGGUUUGUUAUCUUCCUGACCCUCGGAAUUUAUGUGCGCACAGGCAGAGUGAUCUAUCAGAGAGAGCGACAGCUUCGCGAGGUCGACAUGCUCGAUUCGAAGGCGGAUUGCGAGAAUCUAGAUGAGCCGGUCUCUUUGAAAACGAUCGAAAUCCGCAUCACCAGCGAGGCGGCAGCCCCCAAUGGAACCUCCCGAACAGUCGCGGAGAGCUCGAGCCCAAUCUCAUCGCACCAUCCUCCCUCGCUCUAUGGUUCAUACUCGGUCACUAUCGAAGGAGGGCAGAGCAGCGCGUUUCCGCUGAAGCCGCUGAGACCUGCAAAAAUCCAACGCCGCCCAAUGGCGGGUGAGGCUAAUUCUGCAGCUUGGGUCUAUACCAAGUAUGCGAUGCUUUUCUUUAUUGCUUUGAUCAUCACCUGGGUUCCGUCUACAGUCAACCGGGUUUAUGCUCUCGCAUUUCCUCAUUCAUUUAGUUUUGUCUUGAACUAUCUAUCCAGUUUUGUUCUUCCUCUGCAGGGCUUCUGGAAUAGCAUCAUCUACAUAUUUAUCUCCUGGCCUGCCUUCAAGUCCGCCUUCCACAGGCCUCGACGAAGCCGUUGCUCACUCCGUGCCAGUAUCGGUCGUUACCGUGAUCCUAGAACUGCGAAUAAUGCUGCACGAACUUACUAUUUGGGUGGAACUAGUAGCACCCAGCGAUUGACCGCUUAG